AUUACCGCCGCUUAGUCAUCUCACCAUGUGCCUGACAUCGCCAGAUCGGACGGAGCACAGCUGACUUCAGCUUUCCGCUACCAUCUUCCAAUCCGGGCAACGCUUAGACCUGCUUCGUACAACAGAUCUGCGAUCCCGUCGCGGCCGUACACCGCAUCGCGCCCAGCCAUGGCCUCCGGCACAUCACACCCACACAUCACCUUCUCCGCAAACCAGCCGGCGGAACUCCCCAGCCGCGUAGCGCCUCUCCUAGACGCGUGGGAACUUACGGAAUCUAAGAAGGGCCUGAGGCGCCAGUUCCUCUUCAAGACGUUCAACGAUGCGUGGACGUUCAUGGAUGCUGUAGCCCAGGAAUGCAAGGUCCAACGGCACCAUCCGGAAUGGUCGAACCUCUACAAUAGAGUGACUAUCGAGUGGACGACGCAUAGGCCGGAGGGACUCAGCAUCAAGGAUGUUGCAAUGGCCGAGUUCUGCGACAGGGUUGCAGGGGAGAUCGGCCUGCGCGAGCCGUGAGGGAGGGGACGACGUGGGUGGCUGUCUAUUUCGACCUUGCAGAGCGGGUCGUGCGGUCACGCCGUGCGGCCGUCGUAUGCUGGUCGUCUCAGUCAGCACUUGAUGGCGCGCUGGUGUACCGCGCACCCGAGUGUUAUUCACUGGGGUUGAAGCUGUCUCCACUCUGGAAACGCUGGCCAACUGCUGAUGGCAGUGCCUUGUGUGUACGUGUGGGUUUUAGAUGCCGUGGAUCGCCCCCUCUUCUUCGGAAG